GAGCGGCCCCCACCCACCACAAACACAACCCUCGACGAUGGGAUGAUUUCACAACAGUUCAAGGCACUGGCCCAAGAAUGAACCCAACGAAACGACAACCGACCUUACCACGCAACUGGUCGGUGCUGCUGAUCCUGAGCUUGAGCGUCUUCCAAACUACGGUGGAAGCUGUUAUCGCCUGUGAGAACACGGCAACAUGCGAAACUCUCCUGCGGCCAGGAUCUGAAUGCAUUGACGGGGUCUGCAGCAAUCCGCUUGCAGCUGGUUGUCUGCGGAACUACUUGGGUCCUGAAAGGUUUCCUCAUCGCCGGAUCUGCAGUUCUCACGAUGGAUACUAUGGCAAGCAAAACAUGGAGGAAGCUGAGUUGGAGUAUUCCUUUGACCCAGAUAGUGCUCACUGCGACCUGCCCGCAAUUGAUUACAAUGAAAUUCGAGCACUGUUACAAAAUUGGGACUCGACUGUUUUGACUGCUUGGAUAGUACAAAUUUUGCUCUCGGAGGUGGCUAGAGUUCCUGUCAGUAUCGAAGGUAGUGGCUGGGACACCGUUGCCAAUUUUUAUGAUCCUUUAUACCGCUUGCACUACUCUCCAAGCUCUUAUGACUAUGACGCGAUGCAACGAGCUAAGGACGAAAAUGAUUGUCGGCCGACUGUUUUUCAAAAUGAUCAGGAAAGAGCGCACCGUGAUGGGAUGGAAAAUGCAACUGGGGAGUAUCAGUCAUGUGCCCAUGUCAUGCCGGAAGCGUGGGCAGGCCAAAGGUCCAUUUACAGGCAACUCGAGAAUGAUGGAUUGAUUGAACCUGCUGAAGGGACUGGCGGGGUGGCCAAGUACAGUUGGUAUGUCCCCCGGUUUGUGGCUGAAAAAGACCCUACUUUGUUGUCUCAUUAUGGUCUGAGGGGGUCUGAGGCGAGAAAGAAGCUAGCCGCAACCUUCAAGCGGCCCACAACGUGGAAGCAAUACUGCGAUGAAGUGGCCCCGACCAAGUGCCUUGGGCCUGGUAAUAACAAUCUGACAGAACCUAUAGCCACUCGACCCCCGGAGACAGAAGAAGAAGAACAGCAGUAUUUUGUUCCUGGGCUUUAUCACGGGCACUUCCGAGCCACCAAAGAAAAUGACUGCGAGAAUUACCCAAACAGCUGCACAGGGCAUAUCGCAAAUGUGAUCUGUGACUGGUCAACCUUUGUUGUUCCCCAAGCCUAUCACAACGAUAUUGCUGUUGAGAGUAAUGGUCCAGAAAUGAAUGGAGGGUAUCCUUUUCUUCGCAUGCUCGAAGUCUAUCAAGCAGCAAACUACACAAAGUCACCAGUCUUGUUCUACUGGUUCACGCCAGACCGAAUGCUUCAAAGUUUCUUGGGAACUGAUGCGGAGUUCCAAGAAAUUUUACUGCCUGUUCCAUCACAAAAGUGUGUUGACGCAAGAGUUUCUGAGGAAGGGCGCUGUUCUGAACAUAUUCUCGAUCAGGUUGGGCCACCUGAAGGAGCUUGUGGGAGUGAGCCACACACGUAUCAAAAGUUGAUUGUCUCCAAUCUUUUUGAUGACAAUGCAGCCUUACCAUUGGCGCAACAAAGCCCAGCCUAUGCAACCGUCAAACGGUUUCGCAUAUCUGACUUGCAAAUAGCAAGCAUCUUUGACUACUGGUAUGACCGAGGGGUUGACGAGUGGGGAUAUGAUCCACGGGAUGCUGUUUGCCGUUGGGUGGCUGAGAACCUUGAUGAACUUCAAAGAUUUGUUCCCAGAACGUAUCCACGGCAAGUGCAAGAGUCGAAUGUUCACGGGGUGCAAUCAAUUGCUCUGGCGAUCAGUGUGUUUACCUGUGUCGUGACCGUGGCCACAGCGUUGGCUGUUUACAUCUACCGUGAAAAAACAGUCAUGAAGUAUGCUCAAAUUGAGUUCGUUCAAUUGAUUUUGACCGGACUCUUCUUCGUGUGUCUGGGUGCUUUCAUUGGUGCGCUCCAACCUACAACUGGCACAUGCAUUACCUCUGUUUGGCUGGUCCAACUCGGAUACACGCUCGAACUUGUACCGUUGAUAGUCAAAGUGGGAGCCAUCCACAGGCUCAUGGCUGCCUCACGACGGAUGAGACGGAUCAAACUGAAGCGGUGGCAUUUGAUUCGGACAGUAGUUUUGGUGGUCUUGGCUGUGGUCGUGUAUCUCUUGUGUCACACAGUUCUGGACCCACCAAUGAGACAGAAGGAGAUUCUCUUGCCAGGGACGACCACAACCAUCAACGCCGCCAAUGAGAAUGGUGACAAUGAACAAGAUGGAUACGAACCACUGGUGUUUCAUGAUUUAGAAAUCAAUUACUACUGUGCUCCAAAUGAGCGCUUUUGGGCGAUGGUCCAAAUGGGUUGGCAAGUGUUCCUGCUAUUCAUGGCAGUCGCCCUGGCUGUGCAAACCAGGCAUGUGGUCAGCGAAUUCAACGAAUCGCGUCGCCUGGGCAUCAUGUGCUAUUCGCAUUUUCUGUUUCUGGUGUUACGAAUCAUUGUGUUGUCCCUGGAGAGCACUGUCGCAUUGAGCCGCCUCCAAGCGUUUGCAUCGCUAGCCCUCAGCGGUGACACCUUUGCAACGCUAGUGAUAUAUUUUGCGCCGAUGCUUCACAGCGCUGUUUGGAACAUUCGACCAAGACACCGCAUGAGCGCCUCAAUGAUCAACGCCAGACCGCCUCAGGGUUCUGGCUGGUUUUAUCCAGCGGCCAUUGCACAGAACAUCAUUGAGAGGGUCUCGGCCACUUCGGGAGCCGUCGUGGAGGCUGUUGUUGGCGCCCCAGCUGUUGAUAUGACCCCUAGCGAUGACGACAGCGACCCUGGGGACCAUGAUGAGCAUGCCAAAGUACCCGUAGCCGUUUCCUGUCUCAACGAUACCGUGGAGCCGACGGAUCAUCCAGAAUCAAGAGAAACGAGAAGUGGGUCUACGUGCACAGGUAACGAAAACGUCGGUGAUGAAUUUUCCGAAGAACAAGUUGCAACUUGAUCGUUCCACAAUUCCAGUCAACGUCAAGAGCAGACUGCACACAGAGCUUGGCUCAAGCCGGAGACCGGGGACAUCCCAAGUUGCGCAUCAAGAUGUCGGCACCGGUACCGAUCAGUACCAGGUAGUCUUGCAACAACCAUCAACGCCCAAGCCAAAAAGCGGAGAUCUCGAUCAACACAAGCACCUGCGUACCAAUAGCCCCGCUUGCCCAGUACAUGUAGAGGGCGCACUUACCCCAAUCGCUUGUACGGUACCAUAGUCAACCCCACAUGGAAAGAUCGUAUGGGACAUGAGGGCAGACCUGACAACAUAAUAAUAUUAGACCAGACCAAAGUCAACCAGUAUCUAUUGAUGCCCAAUGCCCAGAAUAGAAUUCUAUUUUAAAAGGAUGUGCAGUAUACAUG